AAAAAAAAUUCAAGUUUAUGGGUAGGCUUGUGAUGUUGGGGAUGCGGGUGGCGGCAGUGGUGGUGCUAGGUUUGGUAGUCUCACCUGGUGAGUCACUGACCUGCACAUCACAGAAUUUCACAGACAAGGUUUACGCCAACUGCACCGAUCUUCCAUACCUGGGUGCCUAUCUAUACUGGAAUUACAAUGCCUCCAGUGCCACACUGUCGAUAGCCUUCCUGGCCAAUCCACCCCAAGCCGAUGGCUGGGUGUCGUGGGCCAUCAAUCCCUCAUCCACCGGGAUGCUUGGAUCCCAGGCCCUGCUGGCCUACAGACCCAACAGCUCCAUCCCGACCGUAAAAACCUACAACAUCAGUUCCUACAACUUCUCGUCGUCCGGGACCAAGCUGUCGUACGAUGUGUCGAACCUCAGCUCCUGGUUUUCCGACUCGACUAUCAUGAUCUUCGCCACUUGGAGGCUCCCGGAGAAGACUGAGAAGGUGAACCAUGUUUGGCAAGUGGGUCCCGUUAGUCAAGGAGUCCCUGGGCCCCACUUAUUAAAACGUGAAAAUCAUCUAUCCAGUGGGGUUCUACAACUUCUGCCGUCGUCGGGUUCUACAGAUCAAAACGGAACAUUUCCACCAGCACCAGCACCACAAACAGAUCAAAAUGGAACAUUUCCACCGCUACACACAGAAGGUAUUUCAAGUGGAGCCAUUGCUGGCAUGUCUAUAGCAGCAGUUGCUGGAGCAUCUAUUUUGGCAUUUUGUCUGUAUGUGGGGGUAUAUGGAAGGAAGAAGAAGAAGGAGGAGGUUGUGGAGAUAUCAACUCUCCUUGCAAUAUCCCAACACCAGUAUGUUCAACAUAGACAUGGUAUUACCAUGGACAAAUCUGUUGAGUUCUCAUAUGAAGAGCUUGCAAAAGCCACUGAUGACUUCAGCCUGGAUAAUAAGAUUGGGCAAGGUGGCUUUGGAUCUGUCUACUAUUCAGAAUUACGAGGAGAGAAAGCUGCAAUUAAGAAGAUGGAUAUGCAAGCAUCUGAAGAAUUUAUUUCUGAACUGAAGGUUUUAACUAAUGUUCAUCACUUGAACCUGGUUCGCUUAUUAGGAUAUUGCGUUGAGGGCUCCUUUUUCCUAGUUUAUGAGUAUAUCGAGAAUGGCAACUUAAGUCAACAUCUGCACAGCUCAGGAAGGGAUCCAUUGCCAUGGUCUACUAGAGUGAAAAUUGCAUUGGAUUCUGCAAGAGGAAUUGAAUACAUCCAUGAGAAUACCGUUCCAGUCUACAUCCACCGUGAUAUUAAAUCAGCAAAUAUACUGAUAGACAAGAACUUCCAGGGAAAGGUUGCAGAUUUUGGGCUAACAAAAUUGACUGAAUAUGGAAGUGCUUCGCUGUACACACGUCUAGUGGGUACAUUUGGAUACAUGGCUCCAGAAUAUGCUCAACAUGGUAAGAUUUCCCCAAAGAUAGAUGUAUAUGCUUUUGGAGUUGUCCUCUAUGAACUAAUAUCAGGCAAGGAAGCUAUUGUCAACACAGAUGAAUAUGUUCCUGAAUCAAUGGGACUUAUUGCUUUGUUUGAAGAUGUACUUAGCCAGCCUGACCCAGAAGAAGAUCUUCAUAAACUUGUGGACCCUAGACUUGGUGAUGAUUACCCGUUUGACUCUGUCCAGAAGCUGGUCCAGCUUGCCAAAGCUUGUACACAAGAAAAUCCUCAACUAAGGCCAAGCAUGAGGUCUAUAGUGGUUGCACUAAUGUCGCUUUCAUCUUCAACUGAGGAUUGGGAUUUUGGUUCUUCCUAUGAAAAUCCUGCUGUAGUCCAUCUAAUGACAGGAAGAUAACCAUGAAGACUCAUGCUCAUUAGUGAUGCAUGCCUUGAUAAAUGAUAAGUGACCCCAUGAAGAAAAAGUCCUAAUUAACAAUUGUUUUGGAUAUGUCCAUCCUCUGUAAAUAUCUGUCAAUAAGUACCAUAGGUGAUUUGAGAGAAGGUGGAACAAAUGUAGAUAUUGUGUAGUAGUUUAUGUCAAUUUGUCUUCAGUUUUUCAAGAUUUUUCUGUGCCACCAUUCAUUGUGAGUUUUUUACCUGGUGUUUAUACAUCUUUGCUCAGCAUAUUAAUUCA